AUGCUUCGCCCCAUCCCUCUCCUCCGCCGCCUCACUCCGGAGAAGCGGAAGCUGCCGGCGUCGAGAUCUCCAGGUUGGCUGGAUAUGGAUCUAAUUCUUCCAUUUAAAAUUGGAGAUUUUGCCGAGGCAAAGUGCUUUGAUGAAGGUUUCAAAGGCGCAUGGUUCCGCUCCAAGAUAAAAGAUAUGCGUGUCACAGAAUCUGGGCAUCUUGAGUAUUACUUGGAGUAUAUUGACUAUACUGAAGAAGCCAACGAAUGGAUUGGAGUCUUCCAAAAGAACCCAUUCAACCAGGCAUGCCUGGAAGGGAAAUCAAAUGGCAGUACUGAAAUAAUGUUGCGUCCUUCCUUUCCUCGGUGGUAUAGGGGGCAACAAGCUCCUAAGCACUUUCCGAAGAGCGAGGUGAUAGCACGUGUCCAUGAUACCUGGAAAGUAGGUGAUUGGGUUGACUGGCAUAAUAAAGAUUGCUACUGGACUGGGCAGAUUAUUGAGCUGACCAGUAAAAAUGUGGUUGAGGUAAAGUUCUUGGAUCAUCCCAUGGGUGAAGGCCAGCAGUGUCUUGCUAAGAAAAAGGACCUGAGGCCUGCGCUUGAUUGGUCCAUCAUUAAAGGCUGGACUGUACCUCUUUCGGCCGCAAAAGGGAAAAGCUGGCAAGCUGCUCAUCUGGUUCAUCCUAAAUCUGAUGUAGAAGAGAGGAGCAGCACAGAUGAAGAUGAAGCGCUGGGAUCUUCAUCAACCGUCAAAACACAUUCGUCGGACAGAAACAUCGUAUCUAAGCUAAGAAAUCAGAGGAUGGCGACACACGAAUCAUCAGACCCCAGUCGACGGCGUACCCGCAGUUCCUGUGGGCCACUGAUAUCUCCAUCGGAGCCUGCCACCGUCGAACCGAAUGGAAGCGGUUCCCGCCGGUACCCCUUUCGGGUCCGGAGGAACGCAGCGGAACAGCAGAGAUGA